UCCGGAACACCGCGCACCCAUUCCUGCACCCCGUACUGAAACUGUCCUCUCGAACCAUCCUCUUCCAAGAUGACCUGCUUCGGUGGCCGCGACGAGCAGAUUUACGUAGUCGAGAUGCUGAUCCACAAACUGACCCUGACAAAGAACAAGAUAAAAGACAUAGGUGAGCAUCCAGUCGGUGUGAAGAUCAAGUUCCUCGACUUUCCCGUAUUCGAGAUAACUCGCGACGACUUUUACUCGCUGAAACCUACACCCCCGGAGGAAGAUGGCACCAUGCAUUUCAUGAUAGGCAGAAGUUGCGUAUUCGUCAAACAACCCAAGGAUCUGGUCAAAGAAUUACAAUCUACUAAGUUGAUGGUCGGUGUGUUUCGAGUUGGAGACACGUUCCCCACCGCCGAAACGGAAAUGACCCUGCCAGGGUGUCUAUGCGAUCAAGUGGCCAUGGCGCAGAACGACGCGGCGAAUCUACCGAAACCCUUCAUGGUGAAGGGUAGUUACAACCUAAUAGAUCCCGGUGACAAUCCAUCCGGUACGAUAGAAAUGGAAUUAAGAAUGACCUGCGUUGGUCGAUCGAUCAUGACCCAUUACGAGUUGCACCCGAAAUUCUUCGCCUUCAGGAACGACGGUAAAGAACGAGAGUUCGUAGUCAGACGUCUGGUGCCCCCUAGUAAGGACGUUUCGCAGUAUCCUGAUAGGACGACAUUGGACGAAUUGAAAGGAAUAACGAAAGUACCGCAGAAAAAGGGAAAAAAGGGGAAAAAGGAAAAAGGAAAAGGCGGAAAGGGCGGAAAGGGUAAAAAGAAAGGCAAGAGAUAG